UCCCGGACGUUCUUUAUUUACAUCAUCUGCUUCUCACUUUGACUCAUUUAUGAUGUACAUAUACACAGUUAUGUAUGACAAGAGAAUCUAUCUCAUAUUAAAUAGCACUUGUAUAGUAAACGCCCACCAAUUCAUUAUACCCUAAAUAUAUUUUGACUAUUUAGCUAUUAUCCAGUAAAAACGCAGAUAACUAAUUUUGAAAACUUUCUAAUAACAUUCCUUGAAUCGUAUGUGGGGACAUUAAAAUAAUUAAUAAAGCUGAAUUUAGUUUUUCCACAUAAUUAUCUAGUUUGCAAUAAAAAUAGCCAUGCCUUCCCCUUCUCAAUUUGUCAUCAUAGAUUGUUCCCAAAUUGAUGGACAAUAUACUACAGAUCUCGGAAAUCAAGAAAAUUUCCAAAAAUUCGCACAGGACUUGGGAGAUGGGCUCAGCUCAAGUGGAUUCGUUUACUUUAUAAACCAUGGCGUGUCCUCAACAACAUUUGAAGAGGUAUUUCAACAAUCCAAACAGUUUUUUGAACUGGACUCCGACAUUAAGAUAAAAUACAAGAAAGUCGAUCCUGCUAAAAACUUUCAUGGUUAUACUCCUCCCACUUCGGAAGAAAUUGCAAACGAAUCCAACAAGGCAUCACGAGAUUUCAAAGAAUCGUUUAGUUUUGUGGGGAGAGAAAUUUGUGGCGCAAAUUACCCUUCAGAAACUCCACACCUUCGACAAUCAGUCCUUAACUUUCACCACGCUAUGAGCUCCUUCUCAAAGAAAGUCAUGCUCGCACUCGGACUUUACUUGAAAUUGGACGAUCCAGAGUUUUUAUUAAAGCAUCACAAAUCUUUGGAUGGACUUCUCAAUCCUGAUAUCCACCCCUGGAUCGAUAUCCGAAGUAAUAGUUAUCUCGCGUUGGACGACGAGGAGAUUGCAUCACUUCCUGAUGAUGCAUUGCGUCUGACCGAACAUAGUGACUGGGGAACACUGACUUUUCUUCUUCAAGAUAACGUUGGUGGGUUGGAAGCGAAAAUUACUGAUAAAUGUGGUGAUAAUAUCUGGGUCUCGGUGCCACCUAUUGCUGGCUCAAUACUGCUAAAUUCCGGUUUGAUGUUGGAGAUGUGGUCUGGUGGUCGAUUUCAUGCAACGGCACACAGAGUUCGUUUGAUUAAGGAACGUGCUAAAGAAGUGCGUCAAAGUCUUGCCUGGUUCGUGGCCCCUGAUGGAGAUACCAGAGUGAACAUGUUGGUCGAUAAGAAACAAGGGUAUGUUUGGAGUCAUACUUAUCCUCCACCUGGAAAUGAAUCAGCAAGCGAAUAUUUUCAAGAGCGGAUCAAAGGGAUUUAUGCUACGAGAUAUAAAUACUAAAUAAGAAUGCACUUGGAUUAAUGCUUAGGGUUAAGAUAUGUAUGUACAUAUCUUAGCGAGAGAUAGCGGAUUUAAAAAUUCUCGUGGUACAUAACAAGCAGUUGGUCUGAUAAAUAAAUUGCUAAUUUAAAAUAAAUAUCUAUGCAGUACUGCUUCAAAUUUA